ACUCAGCCCGGUUGCUAAGCAUGGCUGCUGUGUUUUGUGCCUUUCUUUUAUUUACGUGUUUGGUAAAAACUCUCUGCAGUAGCGAUGCGGAUUCUGUCCGCUUUAACGCCACUUUCUCUGACACGAACCGAACAUGGUUCGACUGGGAAGGUUCUCUGAAUGUGACGGAGCGGCCGGAGGGAGAAAACGGCACUUUAGCUCCCUUUUCGAUGCCCGCAGCGGCGCCCGCCGAACCCAGCCCCGCUUUCCCAGAAGAGGAGGCUCCUGAACCAACAGCCCGGCCAGACUUAGCUCGGGUGGCCACCGCAGCGCUGCCCUUACCGCUGUCCGGAGCCUUACCGCUGCCGGUCACUCGAGCAUCUGAUCUGUGUCCGUGCAACGUGCAGAGUGAGCAGUGUGAUGUGAACUGUUGCUGUGACCCGGACUGCUCUCAGGAACAGGCGCUGUUUACCCACUGUUCAGUGAAGAAAGUCACUGGUGACUAUAAACUGUGCAGCCAGGAUGCAGCUCUAUACACUCUCAGCACAACACCAGAGGGUUUGUCGCAAGUGAGGACAUCCUUCCAGCAAGAAUUCAACCCCGAUGUUUUCUGUAUACAAUCUGCUAACUAUGAACAGGGCAUGUCCUUUGUCACCCCAAGCACCCCCACUGAGCAGAAUUUCGAUUAUCUCUUUGGGCACUUUGUGGGAUUCUUCUUUGGGAGCUCCAGUGUUACAGGCAGUGCCUUGGAGACUCCUGUACAAGGAAACUCUCCGGGAUAUCUGUAUGGAGACAUCAUCCAAACAGAGGAGGAGGCUGGACAGCGAGGUUUCUUCAGGCUUCCAGCGUCUGCUGGAACAGCAAACUGCUUAGAUACAAACCCUGCAGCAUUUCUGAAGGAUCAGACGAGCAGAUGCAUGAGGAGUUUCGCUUUGGCAGAGGACUGCACCACGUUAGAGGCUUUGAAAUUAAGGACUUACACCAGCUUCCGCAUUUUCUCAGGCAAGGAUACAGAAGCUAAUUUGGUGGCCAUGUGGGUGGAAGCUGUUACCCUGCAGUCGCUGGAGGGCACCCAGACGCUCCUGGAAACAGCUGCUGAUUCUGCCUUUGAACCUGAGUUUCUGCAGCCUGCUGAUGUCUGCAACCAGGUGGUGCUGCAGGUGAAAUACACAGUCAGGUAUGGAGAAGCUGGUCAGAUUGUAAGAGUUGCCGUAUCAUUUGUGCUGGGAGCUGUUAAUAGUGCCAUGCUGCCAAUUCAGCAGGAGUUCCAAAUAGCCUUUGUUCAGGAGGCAAAAAGUGAUACAAUGCUCCGCUCCAGUGGAAACCCUGGUUAUGUGGUUGGACUUCCUCUAGUGGCAGGAUGGAGAACUGCAGAAGGGAUUAUUCAAAGCUCUAACCCAGAGGGGUCACUCACGGUUCUACAGAGCUCUGCAGAUCAAGAUUGCCUGUUCAGCUUUCCUCAGCGGUCACCAGUCCUGUUUGGGAAAGAUGUGGUAUCGGGUUGUACCUUUAGGCUGGAGGAUGGAGCAAAUUGUUCGCUAGUGUCUGAAGCCAUUUUAGGAAGACUGAAAGGCCAGAGUUUUCCAGACUAUGUGGCGUCUUUUGGGAACUCUCUGCCUCAAAACACCAUGGACUGGGUGCCCAUAGGGAACCAAACCACAAUAACGGGCACACAGGGAUGCAAUAUUCCUCUGUCCUAUCAUCUUGAAGUAAGAUGGACCAAGUAUGGAACCCUGGUGAACCCCCAAGCUCAGAUUGUGAGCGUCGUGGAGAUAAUCAGGUUCAACACCAGCACUUUAUCUUCUCUCUCCACUGGUGGCACCAUCGUCCCCGUCACCAGCUCUGUGAGCUUUAUAGAUGUUUCUGCGUCAGCCAGUCCAGGCUUCAGAGUUCCUCCCACCAUCAACGCCAAACUACCCUUCGACUUUUUUUUCCCAUUUGUGUGACCUGGACUGUUUGGACUUACAUGACAAAGUGACAAUACCUCAUUAAGUGAAUUAUGGAAGACUGUAUUUUGCUACAAUCAUUUUUGGACUCUUGAUGUUUCUGUGAAUUCUGUAUUUACUAUAUAUUGUUGAACUAUUUGGUUUUCCAGAAAUUUUAAAUUUGUAUUAGGUCAGCCUGUACUGGUUACAGACCUUAACCCGAACAAGUGUUGGCAGCUGUGUUAGUAAUGUACAUACUAAAUUAUUCCAUAUGAUCUGUACAUAUUGCUCAUGCUCAAACAUUUUUCCCAAUUUUCUUUAUUUUUUAUAUAUGCUGUUCAGAUAUAACAAAGAAUACAUUUGAUUCCUUUGCAAAUCAUUUUUUAUAGUAUACAAAGUAUACAUCAAAGCAUAUUUCUUACAGCAAGCCAGAGACAAGUUUACAUGUUUACAGAAAAAUGUUAGUGCACAUAUAUUUAUGCAGAUGGACAGUGCAAAGGCUUUGAAUAAAAAGGAAAAAAAAGAGCUGGUUAUAAGAAUGUAGACCUGGCAAUUUUUUCCCUUUAUAAAAAUUCUCAACAUACCAGUUUUAGUAUAGCUUAUGGCUUACUUAGCACUAGACUGAUUCACUAUAUCACCUGAUUCAGUAUUAUACCAAUUCACUACAACAAUUAAUUCAAUACUAUGCUUCACUACAGAACAUGAUUCAGUAAUGUACUGAUUCACUACAAAACCCCGAUUCAGUACUGUGCUGAUACAUUACUACACCUGCUUCAGUACUGUACUGAUUCACUUCAAAACCUAAUUCUGUGAGGUACUCAUUCACUACAACACCUGAUUCUGUGAGGUACUGAUUCACUACAGCACCUGAUUCAAUACUGUACUGAUUCACUACAAAACCUGAUCCAGUACUGUACUUAUUCACUAUACCAACUUCUUUUGUACUUUACUGAUUGUGUUCCCAGAUUCAGUAUUGCACUAUAACCUUAUACAGUGUUGUUCUGAUUCAUUACAACACCCGAUUCAGUAUUAAACUGACUAUACUGUCA